UAGAAAUUUUUACACUAAAAAUACAAAAGGCUAACUUUAUUACAUAUAUACUACAACACGGUAAAAGCAACUUUUAUACACUUUAAGUUUAUUUUAUUACACUUUUACCACUUGCACACACAAUCUCUAUUUCAUUUCAUUUCAGCCAUUAUUGAAGUAGGAAGAAAUUACUCGAGAUAACAAUGGCAGACGAAGAGACCUCCGCCAUAACCCCUCCGUCUUCAAACACAGUCUCAGAUCAAGACUCAACAAUGGAGGCUCCGGCGAAUGAGUCCCUAGAAUCGACCACCACAAAGAAGCCGAGCAGCCAAGCCACAUUCAGUAUAUGGCCACCGAGCCAGCGCACUCGAGACGCCGUGGUGAACCGUCUCAUUGAGACCCUUUCCACCCCUUCCGUUCUCUCUAAUCGCUACGGUACCACUCCUCCCGAAGAAUCCUCCUACACCGCCCGCAUCAUUGAAGAGGAGGCCUUUUCAUCCGCCGCUAGCUCCGCUUCUGCCUCCGAGGAUGAUGGCAUUCAGAUUCUCCAGGUUUACUCCAAGGAGGUCAGUAAGCGAAUGCUUGAUGUCGUCAAAGCUAGGGCUGCCGCCUCCUCCUCCUCUGCUGAUGGUGCUUCACAGCCCGAAACUGGGGGUUCCGUUGAUUCGAAUGUUGAGAAUAACGAGGCAUCUUCUUGAUCUGUCUAUCUCUAGUGAUUCUGAGCUUUUAUUUUACAAUCCAAUGCAUAUUAGGUUCUUCUUCUUAUAAGUUCUAGGGGUUUUUUUUUUUGUUUAUUUUCAUUGAUUGUUCUUUGUCAGAUAUUGGUUAAAUUGGAGUUGAAUUUCAGGAGUUUCCCUUGUGCAGAGCUGUUAUAAUCAAAAGUGUUGUUUUGUGUUUGACCUUUAA